GCGUAAAUCUGGUAUGGCGAUGUUGGCUUAAACUGAAAAUGAGAAACAAUCAGCAUAAUUUGCCAGCCAUAAUUCCCUGAAGUUUGCGAAGGACUCUCCAAGGAACAAGUGUUCUGUUUUAAGACCAUUUCAACGCCAUGGUGUGCCGUUUGAACUUGGAAGUGGUUGGUAAAGUCUUGUGCUUUAUUUUGCUAAUAUUGCAAGGGGCCAUUCUGGAUUAUUACCUCUACGAACAUCAUGAAUACAAAUCACUUGGAUUUAUAGCGACUGAUGUUGUAGUUCUCGCCAUCUGGAUAGGCGUGAUGUUCAUGGCCAAACGAAAGUUGCUCACCGAAAAAUGGAGAAAGGUUCGACGAGGAAAAGAAAAAACUGACGGGAAACAUCGGCCUGUUGAAGUGAAGAAUGAUGGUGCGGACGAAAUCGCCUUUGUCUUCAUCGCGUGGCUGGCAUAUGUUGCCAUCACUCUUGUUCCUGAGAUAGCUGUGAUUUUUAAAAGAUUUGCUGAUCAGCUCGGAGAUGCCAGAGUGUUCGGGCAAAACUUUCUUAAAGUUGCACUUUGCAUCACUCCUAUGUUGUUUCUGUUGCUGGUUAAUUCACUGCACGACGCCAAGCGCUACUCAAAAAGAAGAAUCUACAUUGACAAACUGUCAGCUGGAGUUACGCUGGAUCUUCUAGACAGCAUUGAUAUUUUGGAGAUUUUGUUUAUAGAUGAUGUAGAACUAAAACUUCCAGUUGCAUUGGAAAAUGCCAUAAUUGCAUUUGCAUGCAUCAACUUUUUCUUGCCUACUUUAGCACUGCUUGAAUUGAGUGCAAUUGUAAAAGGUGAGGUUCGUUCUGCAACUUUUCAGAUCUUGUACUCGAUAUCCUAUAUUUUUCUGGUAAAUGUGCCCUUGGGGGUCAUCAGGAUUAUCCUAUGGACCAAAUUUAACCAAGACGUGUCAGUGUUUAUUGGAAAGAAUAUCAUUGCAUCAGCCAUCUACAUAUUUGAUAUCUACGCAACCUGUGGGCCAGAGGAACCAUUACGGUGCCCUAGGUGUGGAAAAUGUUAUACAGCAGAUUCAGUUGAUGGCCACAAAGCUCUAUGUUCUUGUACUGAACUUGGUGGGGAUGAAACUAGUACACCAAUGACAUCUCCCUUGGCAGAUACGUUUCCUCCAGUUUAAAGAGGGACAGGAAACAAGUAUAAUUUACGAAUAUGUAAAGGACAAGCCUCAAUUGAGGCUAACUAAGUAAUCAAAAAUCUGUGCAUGUGUGAAUGUUGUCAUGAUUAGAUGGUGUGCUUUCAAGUUGUCAGAACCAAGUUGUAUUACAUGAGGUACAAACAAUCAUACAUCUCAGGAAGUUUGGGAUUUCUCUGUACCAAAUAGGUUUAUUUACAACUCUCAAAACAACAUUAUUUUGUUUUAAGAGUUGUGAAAAAAAUUAUUUGGUAAAUGAACAAUACACUGAUUGUUUAAAUAAGCUCUUUGUUUUAAAAGUCUUAAGUUUUUCUUUUUCCUACUUUUGUCUUGUUCUGUAGAUCUCUUUGAAGGUUUCGAUUUUUUCAGAUAUUUUGUUGGACAACUCAGUUGUUUUUUUUUGUUUGGAAUUUUUCUCCUUGUGCAUGCUUUAUGUUUAACUGUUGUAGUUAAAAGGGUGAGGUAUGGGAUGUUUUUAACCUCUAAGAGUGAUAAGUAUCUAAUUUCAGACUAUAACGUCACCAUAAAUCCAACAAAAAUAAUGAAAAUACAGGAAAUGAUCCCAAACUCAAGACGCUCUUGACUGUUAUACAAAUUCUCUUUGCAUUUACCAUAGAAAAAUUAUAGAGAACAGUAAGAAGAGUAUGCAUUCUGAUGUUAAGAUGUAAAAGGUUGAGAAAGAAACUUUUGAUGGUUGCAUUGAUUUUGGUUUACCUUGGUCAGUGUUUGGUCAAGAAAAUUUGCACCACACUCUACUGAAGCCAGUCAUAUAUCAAAACUGAAAACAUUUUUGCAUGGUCACCCAAGUUUUCUUUGCCUUAACUCUGUGGCUUUCUUCAACCUCCUAUUGGUUCCUUGUGUUUUGACCCUUUCUUCUUUUUGGCUGUUGUGAUGUUUACUGAAUACAGGCUUAUUUGUAGUAUAAUAAACCCUUUAACUCCCAGAUCAAAUUUGUAAUUCUCAUUAAUGUCAACCAUACAAUUCUUAGAAUGUUAGUUCAGAUAAUUUAGUAUUGAAUCAACUUAUUAUGCCCAAACUGAUAUUUUUCUUCAUUCUCAGCACUUAUCUGGUUGAUAUUGUAUUGACAUUGUGAGGAGAAAUUCUGUCUUGGUCACUUGUUGGAGUUACAGGGUUAAUACACAAUAGCUGAAUUUUGCUUAUAAAGCUAAGGGAAUCCUUUUUUUUUUUUAAGGCCAUGGGCAUGAACCAGUAUUUUUUUUCUUUCAACAGUAUUUGAUAACAUAUAUGGGUUUUUAAUUUAAUAAGGUGUGGACCUUCAAUUAUUUUGUUUUCAGAACACAAAGAUGAAGAUCCUGCUACUUAUUACAGAUUUUUUUAUUUUUUUAGGCUGGUCAUUAUCUUGAGAAUUUAAUGUACAAUUAGUGAUUAAAUUUUUGAUGCUAUU